CGCUAUCAGUUCUAAGCGGGUUGCACAUUGAGGUAGAAAACUUUUAUGACUUUGUGAAAAUGCAACACAUAAAAAUAAUUCGGGCAGAGAUUUGUUUCUAAUAUAAGUGUUUCUAUUAAAUAAAGUUUUAACAGUGUAUUAUUUAAAAACAGUGCGGUGGAGGGUCGGUUUUUUGUUUCUUAUUCCACGUUAUUAAGUAAAACAGAAUAUUGUAGAAAAUGGGAAACAGUAACUCGAGAAGAGCUCAACCAAUAAUUGAGAGUAACUCCAUUCUAGCGAAUCAUAUAAAAAAUAGUGAUAAUUCUGUAUACCAAACUGACAACACAAUUAGUGCAUCAGAUAGGCAGAACAUAUAUACUAUUAAAAGAGACCUUAGUGAAACUCCGGAAUUAUUUGUGCUGAACAAUAUGUUAAUGGGUAUUAUGUUUUUUGAAAAUUACACCAAAUAUACAGAAGAUCUGAAAAAAGACCUGCUAAAAAAACAAGAUGGUUACAUAGCUCCAGACGAAAUCUUAGAAAAAGUUAGUCAAAAUGUCCUCUACCGACCUCAUCACGGCCCUCAAAAACACCAUUCUGAACCUUUGCUGCCGAAAAGAUUUUUUGUAUUAAACGAUUGGAUAAACGUUGUGGGAACUACAGAAGAAAUUGAAGAAAACAGUACACAAACUACUGUUAGGAUGGAAGAAUCUCUAAUAAAAGGUUACGUUAGACUCAGAGCAGUCAACAACACCUUCCAACAUAAUGGCGAGUCCCCCGUUAUGCGACUUAACUCAGUCGAACCCAAUUCUAGGAGUUCCGAGGACUCUUCAGAUACCAACUAUUAUACAGAACUACAAAAUCUCAAAACACCGAAACCCAUAGAAAUCCUCCAAGGCUUAGAGAAACACGAACAAUCCUCCACUUACCAAAAUGGUCUACCAAAAACAUGCAUAUCUUAUAGAAAGAUUAAGAAAAUAUCCUGGGAUGCUGAUGAAUUGAUAGGCGAAAACUUAUCGGAAGAUGAUUUAUAUCAAACAGUAGCAUAUAUUAAUUCGAAAAGCUUUAUGAAGCAGCUUGAAAACAAUUUGUUCCUGGACGGAGUGGCGUCCGAGCUAGGCUUGGACCUCGAAAAUAUUAACCAAUCUGAAUCAAAGCAAGAAAAGAUCUCUUGUAUUAUCAACGACGGCGAUAAAAGUGUUCCUUGCGAGAUUAUACCUUCCAUAAAAACAUGUUGGCCCGUGGAACAAACUUUAAAAUUUAUAAUGAAAAGUAAUAGAACACCUGAAGUUAGAAAGAGAUUCGUCUAUCCAACGAGUUCUAUGAUAAAAGAAAUCACAACAUUAGAUUGUGUUUUACUGCCAAAAGGUCAUCUAAAAAGGAAAGGCGAUAGAAAAGACGCAGAUAUCGAAUGGGAAAUUUGUUUCCCACAGGCUCAGAGGUACCUAGAAACUUUCAUGUCGCAUGCUCAAAUGAAGAGUCUUAUAAUAUUACUAACUCUACAUAAAACCUACGUAGAACCUAGAACCACUUGCUUUGGAUUGCAAAGUGAACACAUUAGAAAUUUUAUGUUGUGGGAAUGCGAAUCGAACUUCAGUGAUUGGCCCGAGCAUAGGCUUGGGAUAAAACUACUCCAAGUUAUCAAAAACCUAACGAAUUCUCUUUCUAAGGCUCGUCCACAUAUAUCGGACUUCUUUAUCAACGAUAAAAACACAUUAAGUGAGGUUUCUACACCAAAACUCAGGCAGGCCCAAAAGGCAUUCGAUGACAUCUUGCAAACACCUCUGAUGUCCUUCCUGAAUGCUCUAAGGAACCUUAGAUACACCAAUGGAAAAACAUUUUUUUAUCCCUUUGACUUUAAAAGGCUUUAUACCAUUUUAAAAAGUAAUAAUCUAGAUAUACUAAAUUACCAGAUUAAAUCGAAACGAGCAAAAACUGUUGAUUCUGAACAUUAUUUUGAUCGAUUUAAGGACGGGAAGAAGAGGGAGAUUAUUAUGAGGAAGAGAUUGGAAGAGAAGAAAAAAGAAAGGGAGGCAAACAAUCUCAGUCACACAGGGCAAAGGAAAGGAUCAGUCGAUUCUAUUGAUAUUGAUUGGAAAUGUGAGAAGAAAUUCGACCUGGGCAAGAAAAGAAUGAUCCUUAGAUUUUUCAUCGAAACAUUCUUGGAAAUAUCGGAAAAAAGUUUGACGAUAACUACAAACAAAAAAAAUACUCUCAUAUACAUCAAGCAAGCGUUUUACCUAACGAGAAUAUUAAGGGACGAAUGUCACGCGUUCGCGGACGAAGCUGUGGAAUAUUUUGAAAAAAUCGAAGCCUUAGAAAAACGAUGCAAUGAAAUGGUGGUCAAUCAAAAACCCGUCAAUGGAGUUGCCAAAACUGUGGAAUUUAUUGCACAUAAUAAGAAAGAAGAAAUUAAAGAAGUUAAGAUUAAAAAUGGAUUCAAUAAUGAAAACAAAAAAGCUCCAAAUACACCAAGGAAGAGUGUUAUGUUCGCCGAGGUACACCAAACUUCGCAGUAACUAUUUUGUGUAAUGUGAAAAUGACUUUCACUUAUGGAUAAUUGGAUAUCAAGAGGAAAACUUUCCUCACAACAAUUUUUCUGGGCCGUUCUGUUACGAAUCAUUUUUGAGUUUCAAAUAGGAGGCAUGCUUAGAUCAGAUCAAGACAUUGCAGGUUGCAUUAAAAUGUAUCGGUCCGAUAAACUUUGACAGAGCGUGUGAUAUAACCAGUUGAUAAUAUUAAAACAAAAAUAUAUAUAAUUGAAGAAGAGUAUCCAACUGCUCAAAUGUGGUCCACUUAAAGGUAAGAAAUGGCUCAAAAUCAGUUCCACAUAAAUAUAUUUUAUUGUUCAAAAGACAACCGGUUUCGGCAUUAUGUCAUCAUCAGAACUAAGAGAAAAUUAAUAAGCGCGUGUAAUAUUGUAUAAGGAGACGUCUCCAAAGUGAUUAUUAAAAAGUGCCAUAUCAAAGUAUUUAUUACAAUUUAUCAGCACAAAUAAGUGUACAUUAAUGUGGAAAAUACAAGACCAUCAAAAAGUGGGAAAAAAUUAUUGAAUUAAAUUAUUGAAUUAAAUGUAAAUCCGUUUGCAAAGAUUGUCUCAUUUUGAGUCAUUUCUUAUUUCCCAAAAAAUAUGUAUACAUUUAAUUUUUUUUAUACCUCCAGGGCAUUGACAUCAGUAUCGUUAAACUAAAACAUGUUUUAUAAUUACUAACAAAAAUUUUAAUUGAACAAACUUUUGUACACAUGGAGGUCAGACAGAUAAUAUAUUUUUAUUUGAUAAGAUAUGUAAGUAUGUAAGAGAAUUAUUAUUAAUUAAAAACCCUUCGUGUCGUCUUUGAAAAACACGGAAUUUUGUUUAUUAAUUGGAUUUGCCUGAAGAGAUUUUUUUCGUUUUGGACAUAAAUAUGUAGUUUUGUUUCGGCGGGUCCCAUCUCGGAAUAAGACACAGAAGAUGGGAUUGCCCAUCCGGGAUAUACACAAUUUUUUUUAUCUAUGUUUGUCCCAAAAUAAAUCUAUUUUU